CGGGUAGAAAUAACUGAUAAAUAUAAUCAAUCCGAAGAAACUUUGACGAGACUUCGUGAUGAACAUGAAAAAGAACUUUCCAUUAAGAAUUCAGAAAAGUUAGACCUUGAAAAUCAACUCCGAGACAUUUGCGAAAAUUAUAAAAAAUGCGAAGAAGCUUUGACCAAACUUCGUGAUGAAAAAGAAGAUAAUUCCAAAAAGUAUCAAAAGCUGCAAAAAGAAAUUUUUGAACUCAAAGAAGAGCUCAAACUUCGUGAUGAACAUGAAAGAGAAUGUUCACAAACGUAUUCAAUGCUGCUUAAAGAAAAAAUUAAAAUCGAAGACAAUCUCAAAGACAUUAACGAAAAAUAUAAACAAUCCGAAGAAAAUUUGACGAGACUUCGUGAUGAACAUGAAAAAGAAUGUUCCAAUAAGAAUUCUGAAAACUUUAAACUUGAAGAACAGCUCAAUUACAUAAGCGAAAAGUCCGAAGAAAUUUUGACGAGUCUUCGUGGUGAACAUGAAAAGAAUAAAAUGAUGCAAAUAAAAAAUUCCGAACUCAAUGAACAGCUUAGAGAAAUUUCCGAAAAACAUCAACGAUCCGAAAAUAAUUUGACAAUGCUUCGUGGCGAACAAGAUGAAUAUUCUAAUAAGAUGCAAAAAGAAAUUUCUGAACUCAAAGAAGAGCUCAAACUUCGUGAUGAACAUGACAGAGCAUGUUCCAAAAC